UUCCUUUCGCUGCAUUUUCCGGUUCCGGUAAUGGCGCACUGGCUCUCUGUGUUGCUUCCGUUGCUGCUGGUCGUUUCUGUGCGACCAAUCUCCUUCCCGUUACCCCACAAUGGCCGCAAGUGUCUGCGGGAGGAGAUCCACAAGAACGUGCUGGUCACCGGGGAGUAUGAGGUGUCCGAGGCCCGCGGGCAGGUUCGCCUAAAGAUCACAGACUCUGCAGGACACAUACUUUAUGCCAAGGAAGAUGCCACCAAGGGGAAGUUUGCUUUCACUACAGAGGAAUAUGACAUGUUUGAGGUUUGCUUCGAGAGCAAGUUCCCAGCAGGGUCUGUCCGUUCACCAGAUCAGAUGGUGGUUCUAGUCAUGAAGCACGGAGUCGAAGCUAAAAACUAUGAGGAGAUCGCUAAAGUUGAGAAGCUGAAGCCACUGGAGGUUGAGCUGCGCCGCCUGGAGGAUUUGUCGGAGUCUAUUGUCAAUGACUUUAUGUACAUGAAGAAACGUGAGGAAGAAAUGCGCGACACAAACGAAUCCACCAACGUGCGAGUCCUGUACUUUAGUAUCUUCUCCAUGUGCUGCCUCAUGGGACUGGCCACCUGGCAGGUGUUUUAUUUACGUCGAUUCUUCAAGGCAAAGAAACUGAUUGAGUGAUCCACCAGUUCCCUCUCCCCUCUGUGUGCGCUCCCUUGGCAUCUUGGUGGCUGCUUCUGAAGAACAAUGUUUGUAGGACUGGCAGAGCAUCUCCAUCCUCCACAGAGCUCUGCCCCCUGAGCUGGUUCCUCUGUAAAUUUAGGGUUAUUUUUAAUUUUCCAAAUAAAACAAUUUUGUGGGGAAA